AUGCAAGGUCAAAAUGUGGUUCAGCUGCAGCUGCCUUCGGGCACUAGGAGAUUUACCUUCACCUUUGAGAGCGAUGAACCUGGGCCUGUAACACUCGAGGUAUCCAUCAGGCCUUUGCUCAAACGGCCAGCGCUAGCACUGCUACCCGCACCUGACGACAGUGAGACGGAGCCUGAGUCUGAACCCAAAGAUAAUACCAAAGUGCAAACCGACUUGCAUCAAGCCUUUGGGCACGACAGAAAACGUUUGCCGGACUCAAAUUAUUAUCGUGAACUACUACAUGUCUUCGAGUUGCCUCAAGAAACCCCCAUUAUCACGGAUGUCACAUUCAAGGAUCCUUGUCGCAUUUCUGAAUCUCCUGUUGAACAGGAGAUGCUAGACUAUGGUUUUCUUACCGGAGAAGACCUGGAUCUCAUGACCCAUGGUACUGACCUGCCUAAUCUUGGUCUGAACUUCCAUAGCCCCAAGGCGCUACAUAUCGACAGAUUGAAAAGGCUGUUGAGGAGCUACAGCGCUGAAGAGAAUCAGCUUAUGCAAGAAGCUGAGGAUAAUCUAGAUCAUCUCAACAUCGACGUUGAUGCUCGUUUUGAUGAUCCAGACGAGGAAGAAGAUAUGGAGACGGCUGCCACCAAUGAUAUUGAUGAAGAUGACCCUGAUCCGUUCAUACCUGAUGAAGGCUUUAGCGCGACAAAUUAUCGGAACCUCGUUUAUGUUCCCCCACACUUACUCACUAUCUAUGCGGUUGUCUCCUGGCUGCACCUCCAAUUCCACCUCCCUCGUGUGGCUUGCAAUGCAUUAUUAACGAUAUUUGCUUGCAUCCUCGUUGCUCUUGCACCAACUAUCAAUGUCCCUUUUGUAACACUGCAGUCCAGUAAUCGUGUCCUUGGUGUCGACACUACCAUUUUCACACUCCCUGUUUGCCCUACAUGCCGUGAUGGGAACUUACGCGCUGUCAAAACGCCCAUCAUCAAGUAUCCUUACCUUCCUCUAUCCAAACAGAUCAAAUCUCUUCUCAAAAUUCCUGGUCUUGAGGCUGUGCUUGAUGGUUGGCACAGUAAACCUCGCACGAUUGGUAAAUAUACUGAUAUCUUUGAUGGUGACACUUGUCGCACAAAACUCAAGGGUCCUGAUGGUAAACUCUUCUUUUCGAAUCUCCCUCACGAGCAACAUGGCCCAGAUGGUGAACUACGCAUUGGAGUGAACCUUGGAGCUGAUUGGUUCAUCGUUCUCGAUAUUAUCCUGCCUGGGCCGAAGGAGCAGAAUCCCGACCAAAUCCAACGGUUCUUACGGCCCAUCAUAUCAGAUUUACUAUGUCUAUGGAGAGUUGGAAUCAAGAUUCCGACUGAAUCUUGUCCACAAGCUUUUCGGCCACAGACAAAUGAAGAACAACGGGAACUUGGCGAGCGCUACCGCAGGCUGACUACUGCAUCUGCUCGCAAGAACUUUGUAAAGGAACAUGCUACUCAAUACACACAGCUAUCACGUCUACCAUACUUCAACCUUGUCGAACAGAUUGUCAUCGAUCCAAUGCACAAUCUUUACCUUGGUCUCAUUAAGACUCAUUUUUACAACAUAUGGGUCCAGGGAAAGAUUCUUCAUGCUAAUCAUGAGCUCGACGUCUUCCAUGACAUGCUUGCCGAUGUGAGGCUAGAUCUUGUGUGUGGUUCACUAACAGCGGAUCAAUGGCUUCUUCUCGCCACUGUCUAUGGUCCAAUCAUAACGUACACAUUACAGCAUUAUCCUAAGGAUUCCCUUCCAAGUCAGACAGCAUCAAUCAUGCUGAAGGCCUCCAAUGACGAGAGGGAACCUGUGGCUGGACUUGCAGCAUUAUCAAAAGACCUUGAUGAUGCUGGUGUAGACGUCUUUUUUGACUAUGUUGUGAUUGAUAGUAAGCGCUACUAUGCUUCUAGAGCUGUUGGGACGAACUGUUCUUGUCUCGUUCAUGUCAUCAUCCCCGGUACAACUGUGAUUCAUGCUUACGGUGAGGUUCUCGAAAUCUUUCAGUUUAAUCAAAAUUUGCGUAAUGUCGAUGACUCACUCUGGUUUGCCUGCAUGCACUGGUUCGUACCUUGGAGGGGAGAGCGUGAAAAAGUUUGGGAUGAUUUGAUAGAUAUUAAUAUUGUUCUACCCAACUAUUCAGCUGAUGUGCGCCUAUGGCAACUGGGAGAGUAUAAGAGCUGA